UAGCAUCCAUCAAGCAGAGAGACUAAUUGGAGAGAGAGGGGCCUGCAGGGCAGGUAAGCCAAACAGAGGCCACCACCUACCAUGGCUGCCUCGACUCUAAUACUCUCCGCCCUCCUCUUCGCGGCCGCCAUCGCCUCCGGCGCCGCCGGGGCGAACACGGCGCUGGACGACGUGUGCGCGCUCCUGGGCGGGUACUACGUGACGCCGGAGGCCUGCGCGUCGGCGCUCUGCCACGACCCGUCGUCGUCUCCCUGCGCCGCCGCGCGCGACGCGCACGCGGUGGCGGCGCUGGCGGCGAGGCUCGCGGCGGCGAACGCGACCGCGGCCAGGGACAGCGUCCGGGCCGCCGCCGCGGGCGAGGGGGCGGCGGCGAAGAAGGCGGGCCUGCUGUCGUGCCUGCAGCUGUACACGGGCGCGGCGGCGGCGCUGGAGUGGGCGGCGGGGUCCGUGGCCGCCGGGCGGUACCCCGGCGCACGGGAGGUGCUGCAGGCGGCGCAGUACGUGCCCAGCGGGUGCGACGGCAUGGCCACCGGCGCGGCGAUGCCUGCGGAGAACGGCGGGUUCGACAUGAUGGUCACCGUCGCGCACGCCGUCGUCGCCUCCUUGUCCAAGGGCUACUGACCAUCACGUCUUAGUACAUCAGGACAAAGUCGUUGUAAUAAGGCGCUGUAGCAACAACUCCAUGAGCCCGUUCAUGUUGUUGCCGUGCCAAUAGAUUAAUGGCGCAGCUUGCGUUUUGACAAGCUUUCAGGCUGAGCUCGUAUUGUUGUUCAUGUCGUGCGCGGUUGCGCGCCAUCAAAGUUACCUUGUGUUCGUUGGUUGAA